CCCUUCGAAGGAACCUAAACUCUCGGUCGGAGCAGGCAGAGAGAGAGAGAGAGAGAGAGAGUGGACCGGAGGCAUGGAGCCCGCCAUGGAUUUGUUUAAGUAACUUCUUGGAGUUUCCUGUGUAAUAUACAUAUACAUAUAUAUAUAUAUAUUAUAUAUUGAGAACUCAAGACAAUCUUUCUCUUUUAGACCCAGUCAUAUUCAGCGAGACCUCAAAAACUUCUUUGUUUCAAUCUUUCCGUUGUUUUCCGCACUUUCCUUUUCCUUUCUGAUCUCAAAUUUUCUUUCUAAAAGAGAUUUUUGGAAAGAGAAAAAUAGAGACUGAUGGAGACUGAGGUUUGUAUUCGUUGAAUUCACUGAAUUUUGAGGUCUAGAGAGAGAAAAUUUCGUUUGCCUGUUUGUUUGUUUCUCCGAUUUCCACAGAGAGAGAGAGAGAGAGAGUUGACUUUUGAUUGUAUACUUGUUUAGGUUUCUUAUCCGAAUUGGGAAAAUUGCUCCAGUUUUGUUUCAAUUAUCCGUGGGAAUGAGAAUUUGGGUUUAGAGAGAGAGAGAGAGAGAGAGAGAGAGAGAAGGAUAAUUUUUCUUAAUGGUGAGAAGUUUUGGCCUUUGGAAAUAGCUCUUUUGGACAUGGCCUUGGUGAGUUCUGUGCCUGCAGUUACGCAACACAUCGGCCGGAUUACGUAUCACGACAUUUCGGGACUCAUGGCUGGCAGUGGCGGGGAGAUUGUGGAAGAGCCCACGGAGCGAUUGGUCGAAAAUACAAUAUAUGUUGCUAUCGGGAAAGAUGUGAAAGAGAGCAAAUCGACUCUGGUAUGGGCUCUUCAGAACUCUGGAGGGAAGAAGAUUUGCAUUCUUCAUGUUCAUGUGCCUGCCCAAAUGAUACCCCUCCUGGGGACAAGGUUUCCAGCAAGCUCACUGAAGGAUCAGGAAGUCAGAGCUUACCGAGAAAUUGAAAGACAAAACAUGAAUAAGAUUUUAGAUGAAUAUCUUCUUCUUUGUCGUCGGAUGGGGGUACAGGCAGAGAAACUGUUUAUCGAGAAGGAUUGUAUUGAAAAAGGAAUUAUUGAACUCAUCUCCCAGCACAAUAUUAGGAAGCUUGUCAUGGGAGCAGCAGCAGACAAGUAUUAUUCGAGGAAAGUGAUGGAUCUCAAGUCGAAGAAGGCCAUUUUUGUGCGCGAACAAGCACCUGGUUCCUGUCACAUAAAUUUUACUUGCAAGGGGCACCUUAUCCAUACCAGGAGUGGAGAUGAUAUCGAGUUCAGAUCUUUAUCUGUACAACCAAGCCCAAACACUGAAACUGGACAAAUAAACCACUUGAGAUCACAAUCUGUAAAUCUCAGGCAGAACAGUCGGCCCGCACUCACGAGUCCAGCUCAAGAAUUAUUCCGCAGGGUAAGAUCUGCGAAUAUUGAGAAAUCUGGAGGGACUAUGACUGAUGUUUCUUCUCUAGAUGGUACUGAAGGGCUUUCAACUCCUAGAAACAGAACGGAUUCAGUAGGGAGUUAUGAUGAGUGGUAUGGAUUACCAAGGGGAAGCCCAUCUCCAGGUUCAGGUUAUUCAACAUGCUCUUCCACUCCAAUGCUUGAUGUAGCUUUGGUUCCAUUUGCAAGAAAUGAAGGGAGCGAGACUGGAUCAGAAAUAAGUGCUCUUACUCAUUCCAAAGAGGAUAUUAAUCAUUCAUCCCCUCCAAGUGUAUUGGAAGGAAGUAUAGAUGAUACUCUUUAUGAUCAUCUUGAACAAUCAUUAGCUGAGGCUGAAAAUGCAAAGAGAGAAGCAUUUCAGGAAGCAGUCAGGCGUGGGAAAGCUGAAAAAGAUGCUAUUAAUGCAAUACGCAGGGCCAAAGAGUCAGAGAUCUUGUAUGCCGAGGAGUUGAAACAUAGGAAAGAUACCGAGGAAGCACUAAGAAGAGAGAGAGAAGAACUCAAUAAGAUGAAGAAACAACGAGAUGAAGUCAUGGAAGAACUUCGGGCUGCUCAAAGUCAAAAAACAUCACUGGAGAAUCAAAUUGCAGAGUCUGAUAAGAUGGUAAAGAACUUGGAGCAGAAGAUUAUUUCUGCUGUUGACCUACUACAGAGUUACAAAAAAGAACGGGAGGAGUUUCAGAUGGAGCGUGAUAAUGCACUUAGAGAAGCUGAGGAGUUGAGGAGAAAACAAGGAGAGGACACUAGCACACAAAUGCCUCAGUUCUUCUCUGAGUUCUCGUGCUCAGAAAUUGAAGAAGCAACUGAUAACUUUAAUCCAUCCCUGAAGAUUGGAGAAGGAGGAUAUGGAAGCAUUUAUAAAGGUCUAUUGCGUCAUACGCAGGUGGCUAUAAAAAUGCUACAUGCUCAUAGCAUGCAAGGCCCCUCAGAAUUUCAGCAGGAGGUUGAUGUAUUGAGUAAGUUGCGGCAUCCCAAUCUUGUAACGCUAGUUGGCGCAUGCCCAGAAGCUUGGACUCUCGUCUAUGAAUAUCUCCCAAAUGGGAGUCUUGAAGAUCGACUCUGCUGCAAGGAAAAUACGCCCCCAUUAUCAUGGCAAGCACGCAUACGAAUUGCUACGGAGUUGUGCUCUGUCCUCAUCUUUCUUCAUUCCAGUAAACCUCACAGCAUAGUUCAUGGUGACUUGAAGCCAGCGAAUAUUCUCCUUGAUGCUAACUUUGUUAGCAAACUUAGUGACUUUGGAAUCUGUCGCCUAUUGUCUCAUGGUGAAAGUUCAAGCAACAAUACCACAAUCUGCUGCAGAACUGACCCAAAGGGGACUUUUGCAUACAUGGAUCCUGAGUUCCUCUCAACAGGAGAGCUUACUUCAAAGUCAGAUGUUUACUCAUUUGGAAUUAUACUGUUGCGGCUAUUGACUGGGAGACCUGCUUUGGGAAUAACAAAGGAAGUGCAGUAUGCAUUAGAUAAUGGAAAGCUAAAAACACUCUUAGAUCCGUUGGCUGGAGACUGGCCAUUUGUGCAGGCUGAACAGUUGGCUCGCUUGGCACUACGGUGUUGUGAGAUGAACCGAAAAAGUCGGGCAGACCUUGGGUCAGAUGUUUGGAGGGUACUUGAACCCAUGAGGGCUUCAUGUGGUGGCUCACCGUCAUUCCGGCUGGGUUCUGGAGAGCAUUUUCAACCCCCACCCUAUUUUAUUUGUCCCAUUUUCCAGGAAGUAAUGCAGGAUCCUCAUGUGGCGGCAGACGGUUUUACGUAUGAAGCAGAGGCUUUGAGGGGAUGGCUGGAUAGUGGACACGACACUUCUCCUAUGACAAAUCAUAAGCUGGAACACUGCAAUCUUGUUCCCAACCAUGCUCUUCGUUCUGCCAUUCAGGAGUGGCUGCAACAACAUUGAUAUCUUUAUGAUUUUGUAUGUUCUGUUUGGUUAAAGAAUUGGUUAUAAUUUAUAGUCCUCUGCACACAAAUAUAUUUACACAGUACACACGCAUGCCUUGUCGCAAUUGUCUUAUAGAUAACACCUUUUCUUCUCUUCUGAGUUUCUCAGUUGUAAGAGUGCGACAAAAGAUUGUGAUGAUUUUAUCUCAAUACUGUUUGUAUA